AUGGCGACCGCUUCCGGGGAUGCUGUCGAUGUGGAGGCGCUGAAGGCCACGGAGGCGGCGCCCGAAGAGAACGUCGAGGAGUUUCAGCAGGCAGUCGGCGUGGGUGUGUUGGGCUGGCUUGGCUUCAUCAUCGUCAACCUGGCGGCCUGGGGCUUUAUCACCUUCGCCAGCUUUGUCUCUUGGACGUUUGGCCUGGGCGUUUGCAUCCUGUACACCGUCUUGCUUGUCGGCCUCGCGUUUUGGUUGGAGAGGAUGACAACAACAGCUGCGGGGCCCGAGAGGGGCCAACCGGGGGUCGUAAGACCAGCUUUGGAUGGUGGAGAGGCUCAUGGAGCCCAACCGGAGGCCGUAAGGCCGGAUGGUGCGCUGGAAGCUGGCGGCACUGGUGUGGCUGGAAGUGUGGAUGGAGCAAUGGUUUCUGGAGAUAGCAUGGACUCUGGGCAUGGUACAAGUGGUCAAGUGGCAAGAGUUCAGGCCUUGGCGCUAGCUUCUGGAGCGGUGGUUGCAGGUGGCAUGCAAGCUGUGGUGGCCUCAACCUCAAUGACGAGGGAGGUGGAGCCGGCCGGUGAAGCUGGGGACAUGGGCAUGCUGCGUGAUGGCCUGAAUAGUGGAGGGCAUCAACAACCUGGAGGUUUCAGCUGGAAUGCGCAAGGCAGUCCGAUGGGAAGAGAGGCACAACCGCGUGGUGCGAUGCCGACCUGGGUUUCUCGCCUGGGAGCUUUCUUCCAGGCUAUGGGGCAGUCACAGCAGGUGACACCCCCGGAGUGGAUGCCGAGUCCCUUUCCGUCGCCUAUGACGAGACCGUCGAGAUCGCAGAGGGCAUUGGAGUCACCUAUGUCGCAUGGGGAACGGGAUGAGGCAUCGAGGACGCCUUUGUUUGAUGAUGAGCAGAGGCAACAGAUGAGGGCAAUGGAGCAGCGGGCUCCACUGCUGUAUGGUGCCACCGGGGUGGGACCGAGGCCUGUGGAUGGUGGUGGCAGUUCUGGAGGAAGCACCUAUGAAGCGGUGAAGGAAGAAGUGCGUCAGCAGCUACAAGGAUGCAAUUGGAGCGAGAACGCAUGGGAGAAGGGCAGUGGCCACAUGCAGCAAGGGCUCGUCCUGGGCAGGGAUGGGGCCAACACCUGUGGAAUGGUCUGGUGGGGGCCUUGCCGGGUCCGUCGGGCCAACUUGGGCCACGAGGCAAUCCUGGUGCGCUACAUCCAGUUCAGCAAGGAGCUUUCCCCGAAUCUCAAGGCAAUCCUGGUCCGCUACCUCCAGUUCAGCAAGGAGCUUUCCCCGAAUCUCAAGGCAAUCCUGGUCCGCUACCUCCAGUUCAACAAGGAGCUUCCACCGAAUCUCGAGGCAAUCCUGGUCCGCUACCUGGGGGCAAUCCUGGUCCGCUACCUGGUCGUUUUUCCACCGAAUCUCGAGGCAAUCCUGGUCCGCUACCUGGAGGUCAAGAGCAGCCGUUGGUCUAUCCACGAGGUCCACCACAAGUUCUGGGAGGGCACCUUAGUCAAUCAGGAGGUGCUGUGCAAGCAAGACAACCGCCCGCUGGGGCAUCUGCAGAAGCGCCGCCGGGGUCGGGAGGAGAAAGGCAACAGCCGUCAAUUGGUCCUGGAGGUGACCGAAGACGUGCACAAGCCGGUGGGGGACAUUCCGAUGCUUCCCGCCUUGAGUGAUCGUGCUAGCGUGGACUUUGGGGACUGGCUCCACUGCCUGGAGCACGCUAUGGGAGACCUCUCAACUUCGUCGGCGGAAUGGUGGCAGGAGGUAAAGGAUUGCGCCAAGGCGUACUAUGACUCCUACCAGAAGGCAGAUCACUUCAAUCGGCUCAACCUGGCACCUUUGGCUUCCCCUGUGCUGCAGGAGGCAAGGUGGCAGCGCGUUGAUCGGAGGGCGGCCACGCUCUUGUUGGCAUCAACGCCUGAGGACAUCAGGCGGGAACUUGUGGCUUCGAGAGUGAGAUCUUCGCUGGAAAUCCUGAGCCGUUUGAUGGUGUUGUACCGCCCGGGAUCUGUGAUGGCCGUGGAUGGUCUGCGCUUGUGGUGGAGGUACUUCCAGAGGGCCAAGGAUUUGGGGGUCGUGAUACCAGACCCGUCGGUGUUACUCCGAGGUAUCGACGUCUUGGUGAAGAAGCCGCUGUUGGACCACCAUGAGGUGGCCUUUCGUAUGAACCUGGUCCGCUACCAACUGAAGGUCGACUUCGUGCCGGUGGAGGACAACGUGAAGGCGGUGCAUAAGGCUCUCCUGGCGGAGUUUGAGCAGCUGGCCUCCAGAAAACCAAAGGGGGUGCCGGGCAACAACUCGCCAUCGACCACGCCUCUCAGUCCUCAGGCGAAGCCGAUGCAACCAGAGACCCAGAGGAUGAUCAAGGCGGACGAUGUGGCCACGGUGAUCUCGGAGGCGAGUACGAUGACGUCGUCUCCAAUGGCAACGAGAACUACGCUCGAUGAUCCUAUACCUGGCACGCCUAUGGACAUGCAGCAGAUGUUGGAGAAUGCGCAGAGAAUGGUCAAGUCCUUGAUGGAGCACAGUGCCACGAUGAAGGUGAUGCGUAUCACCUCGGCUGAGAGUGAGGAGGUGCGAAGAGCUCAGGCCCUUGGAACGUUGCCAGCAGUUAGCAAAAUGGGGCUGUUGGAUAGUGGGGCCACUCAUGCACUACGACCGGGCACUGUGGAGGAGAAGAAGAAGGCCGCGAAGGUGGAAGUUGCGCUGGCCGGGGACACCAAGAUUGAGUUGCCUCAGUCGGACAAGGGAACGAUCUUGGGGGACAACCAAGCUCAACCAAUUGUGCCCCUUGGAACCCUUGUUAGACAGCUGGGGUAUGAGUUCGUCUGGAACGCGCGCGGAUGCAGAUUGAGACACCCCAGCCGACCUGAAGUACAAGUCUACACGCGGUCGUCGUGCCCGGAAGUCCGAGAGUGUGAUGCUCUGAGGCUCAUUGCGGAGUUGGAGGGCACCAAGGCCGAUGAGGCGCUGAGGACCAUGCAGGAGCUGGAGACGUCGAUCAAGGUGGCAAGGUCGCAUGAGGGAAGGAACUGGGCGGAUUUCUUGAAGGGCUACGUCGUAACGGGGGAUCCCUCUGAUGGUCUGCGAGCCGUUCUGAGUGCGGAGUUCAUGUCAGACGUGCCGUUUGAGGACAAGAUCCGGAUCUUUGAGAAAAUCCCGCAGAGCAACGAGGAGGCCUGGAAGUUGAUGAAGUCGCUCCCAUUGAAUCGCGCAAGACGGAGAUCCUUGUGGGCAAGCCGCCGAUGGAUUGUGCACUUGUUCUCCGGGAAAGGGGAAUCCUCAGAUCCGAUCAAGACCUUGACUGGGUGCAGGGUUCAGGGUCCACGAGGUGAAACACGUGAGGCAUCUAUGGCAGAAGUGCUGGAAAUUGACCUUACCCAGUCCAAAUCGUGGGACAUCGCAACCAACGGCGGCAUCUUCGCGCUGCUCUUGUGGGCGGCCUCACAGGGGAAGAUACAUGCCAUUGUGGGGGGACCGCCUUGCAGGACCUUUUCCCUUCUACGACAUCGCGAACUGCAGGGGCGUAACAAUGCACCACGGCCGGUGAGGUCGGCGCAACAUCUUUGGGGUCUUCCUGGGCAACUGACAAGGGAUGAAGAAGCACUGGUGAGAGGUGACAACAACCUGAUCUUGCGCAUGGUGUGGCUGUGGCUGGUCGCAGAAGCAGGCUUGGACAUGUGUUACCCGAGAAGGGAUAGGGGUCCGGCAGUGGCGUUUGGCAUGGAACAUCCCGACGACCCGCGCGAGUUCUUGCAGCCCGGAGCAGUGUCCAAUGAGAUCAUGGAGAAGUGUGCGUCGUUUUGGAGAACGAAGUUGGUCGAGCACAUGAAGAACAAUGGCAUGCACAUGUACCGGUUCGAUCAAGGCGCACUUGGGCAUCCUCAAAAGAAACCGACGGGGUUGCUAACUACCAUGGAGUUGGACGAGAUCAGUGGCUUGAAGGAUACGAGGCGCGAAUGGCCGGAGCCUGAGAACUCGAAGGACAUGGCUUCUUGGGCUCCGGGACUACGAGAGGCACUGGCGAAGGGGAUCCGUAGAUGGGCAUGGAGAGGCGAAAUCUCUGUGGCGAUGAACACCUUCACCCCGAAGCAGCUGGAAGAAUGGCGACGUCACGUUGAAGCGGGGCAUUGGCCGUUUAGGAGAGAUUGCUCGGUAUGCUUGUCGGCGGCGGGAACGGGGCGGCCGGCGAGAAGGGUGCUUCACAGGGAUGCCUACGUCUUGAGCUUGGACAUUGGUGGCGCGUUUGCAGAAAAGGGGAUAGACGAGCGGAACGACAACGGGAGGGCCAACAAGUACAAGUUCGUUUUGGCAGCUACCUAUGUGUUCCCAAAGGCCUUCGAUGUGGUCUCCAAGGACAUGCCGAUCCCUGAUGACAUCGAUGAGUACCUGGGCCAGGAGGAGGUGGAUGAGGAAGGUCCUGAACCAGAAGCAGCUGAAGAGGAGGUGGAAAGGAAGGAGGACAAGGACCAUGAGGAGGAGUGGAAGAGAUUGGUGGGGGACCUAAACAAACCACAAGAAUUCCAGGUCCUCAGGUUCGCGGUUCCUCUCGCCAAGCACAAGGGUGCGGACAUCCUCGCGGCAGUCCAAGACCUUUACAUCUACCUCAGGGCCAAUGGAUUUCCGCUGGCCAGGAUACACUCUGACAGGGCACGUGAGUUCAGGACUAAGCAACUGCGAAAGUGGUGUCGGGAGCGGGACAUCUACCAGACUUACACGGAAGGUUUGGCCCCGACGCAGAAUGCCAUGGCGGAGAAUCAGGUGAAGUGGCUGAAGGCAAGGGCGCGUGUGUUGCUCACGGCUUCCGGUUUGAACAAGAAGUACUGGCCCUGUGCAAUGAAGCAUGCGUGUGCAGCCCACAACACUCGUCAGCUUGGAAAGACAAUGACGCCGAUUCAGUUCGGGUCCCAAGUGAUGGUGAAGACAAAAAAGGAUGUGGGGCCUUUCGACCCAAGAUGGGAGGAGGCAGUGUACCUGGGUCCGGCCGAUGAUGUGCGGGAAGGGCAUGUACUUGAACUGGCGGAUGGAACCUGGCACAGAACGCUGCACAUGAGGGUGGUUCGAGAUGAUGAAGUACCUUCUGGUGGAGAUGAACCAUGGGUGGCUGAUCGCGUAGAUCCAGGACGGCGAGUUCGUGGAAAGAGGCGAUUGGAAGAUCCAGAUGGCUCGGGAGUACGUGUGCUACAAGAAGGGCAAGAAGAUGGAGAAGAAGAGAUUGCGGAGCAAAGGGCCCACGACAAACUUGAAUAUAACAAGUACGAGGACGAGGAUGCGUUGGAGAUCGUCCGAGCACUUCGGUUGACAAGUGGUCCGAAAAGGAGGGGGACACAGGACUUUGAUUGGUGUGGGAGUUGGAGCACGGGGGCCUACGUCCACGGAGGAGUCUGGGGCGUGCAAACCAACACGACCAAGUUCCCCAAGGUCACCCGUUUCCUCACAACCUUUCUCAGAAACAAGAUGAAGGAGCCAAUGCCUUUCGGAACCAUCGUCGUGAAUGUGAACCAGGAGCUACUACCUCAUCGUGACCUGCGCAACGAGCGAGAGUUCGCGAACUCGGUGUAUGGCAUGGGGGACUUUUCUGGAGGAGAAGUGUGGGAGCAGACGUACCUGGAAGAAAACACGGCGCUGGAUGUGUACAGGGCAACAACCAAGGGAUUGGUGCGUGGAAGAACCAUGGAUGUGAAGGGAAAGAUCCAAGCCUUGUGGGCUCACAGGUGGCACGCGACGAUGCCGUGGACAGGAACCCGAGUCACCGUGGUGGGCUACGUUCCAAGGAAGUUCAAGAAUGUGGGAUCUGAGAACUACAACCUCUUGCGGGACAUGGGUUUCAUGGUGCCUGUUGGGGCGGAUGAGGAGGAGGAAGACGAUGUUCAGGAGCCGCAGCAGAAGGUAUUGCAGGGGAACGACAUCGAGAAGGGUGGUGGUUGGAAUGAAAGUGUUCAUGUACCCGGGGGACAUGUGGAGCUGGGAGUGCACUGGACAAUGAAGUUUGUGCGUGAAGGGGAUGGAGGCGAGGGUGAACUGAGAGCAACACCAACGUUCCCCGUCCAGGACCAUGUUCGUGAAAGAGUACAAGAACGACUUCUAUGGGCACGAGAACUGCUGGAGGAAGAAAGGGAGAUAUGGGAAAGACAAGAGAGGCAGACGGGCAUUGUGGAUGAGCAUGUGAAGACCGUCAUCGACAACCUGGAAGAGACCGUCGCCUACAUGGAGCUCUACCUCAUGCAAGAAGCGGUGACCCAGAAUGUGGAGCAGCUGCUGCAAGGACUUGAAGGGCCCUUGGAAGUGGUGCACAACGUCAGCCUGCAGGAAGUAAGAGAGCACUUGACCGACUGGGUGCCGAGCAUGAAGAAGGAGGUCGCGACGCUGGAGACAUCCGGGACUUUGAGACCAAUACCUUUGUCUCAGGCAAAGCGGCAAUCUGAAGCGGGUGAGUUGAUCUUGGUGCCGGGCAAAACUGUGUUCACGGUGAAGCCGCCGGAGGAUGUGCGUCAGAGCAAAUACAAACGGAAAACCCGUUUCGUAAUAUGCGGGAGUUUUGUCAAGGAUGGUGACACCACGGAGCUCUACACCGCGAAUGCAAAGGCCGAGAGUGUGAGAUGUUCACUGGCGACUGCGGCGAGUCGAAACUGGGAAGCAGCUGGAACGGACAUUAACAGCGCCUUCACCUUGACACCGAUGACGGAGAGUGCUACGCAAUACGCGGUGACGGCUCCGAAGAUUCUGGUGGAAGCUGGUGUGGUGCCCCCGGGAACAGCGUACAAGGUGGAUCGAGUCUUGUAUGGCUUGCGAGAGGCUCCUCGUCUGUGGGGAAUCUUUCGGGACAGGCGGAUUCGCAACGCCCGCCUGACGGUGGAUGGGCGCGACAUGAAGUUCACGCAGCUUGAAACGGACGAGUCGGUGUGGCGUUUGCAUCCGGUGGAUGAUCCACAGGAGACCAUCGCGAUGAUGGUGGUUUAUGUCGAUGACGUGUUGUUCCUCGGCAAGCGGGCCCACAUCGAGGAGAUGUACUCAUGGCUGGUGAAUGGAACUGAGGAGGAGGGCGCUGGAUGGAAAUGCAGUCCGCUGGAGUUUGUGGGAAAGGACCCUGUGCGCUACCUGGGAAUGGAGAUACGCAGCAAGAUGAAGGACGGAGGGAUCGCCUAUCACGUGUGCCAAGGGGGCUACAUUGGAGAUCUCUUGCGUGAGCAUGGUGUGGAAGCAUGGACUCCGUCGUUGGUACCUGCAACCCGGGAGGCAAUGCCACAGGUCCCCGAGCCGGAGGAUGGAGCCGAGGAGGCAGAGCCGGAUCCUUCGGCGGUGCAUGCUGCUCAGAAACUGGCUGGAGAACUGUUAUGGCUCAGUAUGCGGACUCGACCUGACGUGAGCUUUGCUGUGGCUCAUGUGUGCAGUGCCGCUACCCGAUGUCCUGAGGCUGCGCUGAAACUGGGGCGCAUGGUGUUGCGCUAUCUUCGUGACACCGUGGACCUCGGCUUGACCUACGAUGGCACGGGACCGACUGUGCUGGCUUAUUCAGACGCCAGCUAUGCGCCGGGAGGCGGACGCAGCUUCGGAUGUGCUGCGACGAUGUUGCAUGGAGGAUUUGUGGCUUGGAGAAUGGCGCGACAACCCGUGAUAUCUCUCUCGGUGGCGGAGGCGGAGUUGUAUGAGGUCAUCAAUGCCUACCAGCAAGCCAUGAGUAUCAAGGAGUGGAUCAAGGAGAUUCAUCCGAAGGUGGACGUCACCAUGUUGAUCGACAACCUGGCGGCACUGGGGCUCGCGUCAAGUUCCCCGGGAAGCUGGAAGACACGUCACCUUAGGAUACGGGCGCGAUUCCUGCGUCAGGAAACAGCGUCGGGGCGUCUGGAGCUGAAGCACUCCCCGGGGGAAGUGCAGGCGGCGGACAUGGGAACGAAGGCAGUUCCUGCACCACGACUGCGUGAUCUUCGCUUUCUUUGGAAGAUGACAGUUGGAGAGUUCCUGGAGGGCCCGAAAGAGGUGAUCCUGAACGGGGUCAAAGUGCCGGAGUCGGAGGUUCGCUUCAACCAGAUGAGGAUCAUGAUGAUGUUGGUGGUAUGUGCCUUGGUAAAGGGCACGCAGGGAGCAGAGCUGCCCCAGGAGCCUAAGAAGGACCCUCUGCCCUACGACGCUGGAAUCGAGUUCUAUGGCUUGAUGGUGCUUUGUGGUGUGGCGAUGAUUGGAAUCUGGGAGGUGAUGAAGUGGUGCCUUGGAAGAUGCUGUGGUAGUGAUGAGGCUACAGUCCGAAGGGCCCGGAGACUUCUGCGAAUCCGAGAUCAGACAACGAGGGCCCUUCAAGAGGAGCUGAUGGGAUUGCGGGCGGAAGAGGUGCAGUCCUCGCCUCCUGUGAGUCAGGGUUCUCCUGUGGCUAUGUCAUCGUCGUCGUCAGCUACUGCGCCAACUACACGAUUGGUGGAAAAUGUGGAGCCAGCUCGGACAACCACGGCGGUUGCCGAGGAAACACAAGUGGGCCAAGUGCCCGACCCGCCUCGUACGAGGCAGAGCCCCGAGUACGACUUCGAGCUCUUCACAGGUGUCUUCUACAAGUCUGAACGUGGAGAAAAGGUGCACUUGUUCCACUGUCGUGGAAUGAGGGAAGUCCGGUCGCGCGUGACGGAGUACCAGGUUUGUUCGUUUUGUUUGGAGCGCUACCCCUUGUACUACCGUAGACCUUUCAAUGAUGCUCUGCUACGCCGACAUGAUGGACAUUGA